CUACCUUUCCACCUCGUCCAUCUCCACUUCUCCAACUCCAGAGAUUCGUCGCAGUUCUAGUGCCUGCUAAUAUUGCGUCUAUCCGAAAUAGUCCAUCUCGUUCGCUAAUCACAUUACUUUCCCAGUAAACCUAAAAAAAUGUGGAGCUUUCGUAGCCAAAACGAGCUUUCCCACACGAACCGGAAGCGACCAAGAGAGCACCGUCGAUGGAUUGCUGGCAUGUGGAUAAUACUGUCAAGCUUAGCAUCGUCUAGCAUGGCGUUCGCUCCUUUCGAUAGCCCCUAUUCGAAAGCAAGUCGAAGAAUGUCUACAUGGCAAGCACAACGGAUUCUAGUUCAGGAAACCUACCACGAGGACAAUUACGGUGAGGGGCCAAAGAGCAAAUGGUUUCAGUGGUUCAUUGGUGGGAAAUCACGGGGAACAAAUAAAAUCAUUAUGCGCGAAGCGGAAGCGCUGGGAGGCUUGCCCCGCAGCAAUCGAUACGCGAGUCGCGAUUGGUUUCACAGUGCGAUAACUCUACCGAAUUCGGCCAUUUUGCGAGACAUUCGCAACCCAGUGAUCGCAAUCACCUCGUGGGCAUCUUUCUUGUCUAUCCUGCAUCGGAAACUCGUGAAAGUCAAUCCACUUGCAGCCGAACACAUGUAUUUCCCCACCGCCCCCCAUUCGCUCAUGAUGAGCGCUUUAGGUCUGUUGCUUGUUUUUCGCACAAAUAGCGCCUACCAACGGUUUACUGAAGGGCGCACGAUCUGGGAGCAGAUUAUCAAUUCUAGCCGUGAUUUGUUUCGACUUAUGAUGCUUUACGAGAAGGAAAUUGGGGUCGAAAAACGUCGCCGUGUACAGACCUUGUGUGCAGCCUUUCCUUAUUUGCUCCGCCAUCGGAUUCGGCCCGAUCUAGUCAUGAAAACGGUAGACGACGAGGCCUACAAACGCGAACCCGAAAAUACAAUAUUACUAUAUCAAGACUCCGGCCCAACGGAUGAUGACGCCGAAGCAGCGGCAGUCGCCAACGCCGAAGAAGACAUCGGCCGCAGUCGUCGUAAAACCCGCCCAUUGUUCUGGGUUGACAAGCGCACGUUGCCAUGGCGACUGCUUCCACCCGGGGCGUUGGAGAAGUGUGCUCGAGCCCAGAAUCGUCCACUAUGGGUGUGCGAUCGUAUGGCUAUGGAGCUAAGGGCCGUACCUGAUCAAGUUGGAUUCACAAAUCGCGAACGACUCGCGCUGAUCUCACACGUGGACAAAUUGUCUCGAUGCAUUGGAGGUUCUGAGCGUAUUCAUCAGACAGUCGUACCUUUGAACUAUGCACGCCACACGCUUCGUGCAUUGACUGUAUGGCUCUUCUCACUGCCUUUCGUGGUAGUGAAAGAUCUAAAACUCUUGACUGGUCCAGUGUUGUUCCUCGUUUCUUGGAUGUUGUUUGGUGUAUUUGAAAUCGGAUCGGCCAUUGAGGAUCCUUUCCAAGGAACGCUGCGGCUGUCCAUUCUUUGCGACACUAUUCGGCGCGACGUGGUUGGUGACGAGUACGUCCGGAGCACGGCUUUUUUUCUGGAAGAGGAAGAUGCCGCGACUCAAGGGCCAAACGGAGCAAGUGCAAACAAGAUCCUGGACUCGGUAUCGUCACCUGGGGAAGCCUUGCCUUGAAU